AUGGUGUCGAAAGACUCCCGUUAUGUUCACCGCCGUUGGCGACUGGAGGAUGCCACGCUGAUGAUUCAGAACCCAAAACUGGAGCUUCUCAUUGACUUCGACGAUCCUGCAAGUUUUACCCUCGCGGCAAACGCCCCGCUCACGUCGGGGGUUCGACGCACCGCUUCAACGUGGGGCGGCGUCGAAGGUGCCCUCAAUCUCAAUUCAGACGACGAGCUCUUGGCGGAUUGGCGGGAAAUUGGCGUGCCACCACUGACAGAAGAAUGA